AGUCAGUCAUGGUUAUUCGCAGUAAGCAUUUGAGUCUCUUUGGUCUCUUUGGAUGUUUGGCGUUGCCAGCAAUCUGGAUUCUACAUGGGUUUUAUAUUGUGGACAACAACCCUGUGGCUGUACCAGUGCACCAGAAGCUGCAGCUGCGCCUUAACCUACCCAAAGAUGUCACAGACAGAGACGUUAUAGUGAAACAUUAUAUUCAUAAUCUUCGAACCCAACUGCAGGACAGAAUAAAUAGAAGCGUCAUAUUCAUAAGAAAUCAGGAAAAACAUGAGAACACCUAUAAAAAGAGGAAAGAACAUUUGACGAAGUAUUGUCAGAAGCAAGCAGAGGACCAGACAACACUCAACACAAAGAUAGUGCGUAAGCAUCACUGGUUCCUGAAGGAACCUCGCAUAAUGUAUUGUCCUGUUGCAAAGUCUGGUUCAACCUUCUGGCGGAGAGCAUUUGAAGUGGUGAGGCGGAAAGACCCAAAAGUUGUUUCGCCUUUCCAGUUGUCCUACAUAGAUUUCAAAGAAUCCAAUGCUAAGAUUCCACUCAAUAUGACGGAGGCGGCUCAUGCGGAUGACAUGUCCAAACUCCUUGAAACUACUCUUAAAUUCAUAUUCGCUCGGGACCCGUACAGUCGGGUGUUUUCAACGUUUAUAGAUAAAGUUCUGUCACCAAACAGGUACAUGUGGAGUCUUGGUAAAAAGGCGAUUCAGAUGUUCAGAUCGUCCUAUACAAAUGGCACGGAAACUUGUGGAUCCGAUGUGACUUUUGAUGAAUAUAUCAAAUAUUUAAACACUCUCAACUCUAAAAGUUUUGACGUGCAUCUUAGACCGGUUGCGUAUUGUUGCGACGCUUGCUCGGUGGAUUAUGACGUCAUUGGCAAGAUUGAGACGUUCCAAGAUGACACACGGUAUAUUUUGCAAAAAUCAGGUUCCUAUGACAGAGACAUUAUAUUCAAAGAUGUGAAUACUGAGUAUAAGGUAGAUUAUAUAGUUGACGCUGUCGUACGGGCAUUUUCCUUCAGGAAUGGGUGGAGUCGCUGCAUUAGUAUACAUGCUGGUUAUCAGAGACUAUGGCGCCAGUUACAAAUAGGAGGGAUGAUAGAAAAAAUAGAUUUGUAUCCCCUCUCUGCCGAGCAGAGUAACAACAUAACCGUCACCGAAUAUCUCAACAUGGCAUUGGACGCAUUCAAGAGAUCCGGGCCGUCGGCCAAAGCAAACAAGAAAGAGGCCUUUUUGCAAGCCUAUUCGAUGGUGACACUCAAAGACAUGGAAAACCUUCGCGAGAAGUAUAUUGCUGAUUUUGAAAUGUUUGACUAUAACCAGCGUCCUGAGGAAUUAUUUAAAGUAAACAGAGAUCCCGUGGCGGAUUUUGACUACUUUGAUGUCAUGAGGAUGAAAUAGUUUUUCAUAUAACUGAAAUAAUAAAUUCAUAGUGUCAAAUGCGUGGAGGAGACACUUUAAUGGGACAUCUACGUUUCUAGCUUUUCUUAAUAGUGCAAACAUUACUUUAUGUGCGUGGUUGGUUAAUGUUUUAAUUGCUAUAUUCAUUCGUCUGUUUCGAUUGAAAUCAAUUUCCAGGUUGUUAUACGUAUCUACUAUCUGAAUAAUUUCAAG